AUGGCUUUGCAUCUGUCGCGCUCGACGCGCCUGGCGGUUGUCAUUGGCAUCUCGACUUGCUUCUUUCUCGCCGAGAUCUCGUUGGGAUUUUAUACCCAUUCAAUUGCUCUAAUUGCAGACGCUUUUCACUAUCUGAACGAUCUGGUUAGCUUCAUCAUUGCACUUGUUGCCUUGAAGAAAUCCGAGUGUACCGAUUCGCCCAGGGAACUUUCCUUUGGUUGGCAGCGUGCUCAGCUGCUAGGUGCAUUUUUCAAUGGUGUUCUUCUUUUUGGGCUGGGUAUCAGUAUAUUCUUACAGUCUAUCGAGCGUUUCAUUGCUCUGCAACAUGUUCAAAACCCCAAGAUGAUGUUCAUCGUGUACUACGUAGAUUUGACUGACACAGACUCAGAUCAUGGGCAUGGUCAUGGUCAUGGUCCAGCACCCACGAUUGAGGCUCUCCUUCCUCACGUCAGUGAGCAGUGCCAGGAUUCUAGCUCUAAGCAUCAUGGCCAUAAGCAUCUGAAUUUCGAGAAACUUUGUCAUUCUAGCUCAGGUGGUCACGAUCAUAGCCAUGGCCACGGCCAUGAUCACGGUGAUCUUGGAAUGAUGGGGGUCUUUGUCCACGUCAUUGGCGACGCAAUAAACAACCUGGGUGUGAUGGCUGCUGGUCUAAUCAUCUGGCUCGCAGCACCCCAUCCCGGCCGCUACUAUGCCGAUCCAGGUGUGAGCAUGUUCAUUGCAGUUCUCAUCCUUUUAUCCUCAAUGCCAAUCAUGUACCGAGCUGGUUUGAUUUUGCUAGAGUGUGUGCCUACCGGUGUUGACAUGGGAGAUGUGGCCCACGAUCUAGAAAGGAUUCCCGGCGUCAAUGCAAUCCAUGAACUCCACAUUUGGCGUCUGAAUCAGCAAAAGACCCUCGCCUCUGUGCACAUUGUUGUUUCUGAGAACUCCGUCGAGGACUUCAUGCGCAUCGCUCGCGUCAUUAAUGAAUGUUUCCACGCUUAUGGAAUUCAUUCAGUCACCCUUCAACCCGAACUCUCAGAUGAGACUGAUAAGGAUAUUCCCCGAGAUGCCGACAAACCUAGUCCUCGAUGCCAGGUUAUUUGUGGGACAUUGUGUGAGGAACUGACUUGCUGCGGUUAG